AUGGUGCCGUCAAUCUCAGGCACCUGGUCUUUGGACCAUGCGAAUCCCUGGUCAUGUGCCAGCAGCAGCCGCUGGAAACUUGUACAGGAGCACCUCGAGCCGGGCCGCCCUCUGAUCAUGCAAGGCACGGUUCAUGAACGCAAGAGCACUCUCCUCCAGCAGAGCAUUCCAUGCUGGCGACGCUUUGGCCCCUUCGCCUACCACGGCAUCUACUUCCAUGGUGCCACUUUGAAGCCAUCAGCUGGUGACAGCACUGAUGGUGUGGACCGGACGAUGUUCGAGAAGUGCAAGCAGAACAUCGGACUGUACAAGCGGGUGAAGCUUGCGAUCCAGGGGCAAGAGAUCACUGAUGGGCAGGUCGAUGACUAUGUCAAGCGUCAGUUUGACCGAUGGGCAUUGGACUUUGAAUUGCCGUACCCCUUGGACGACUCUGACAUAGCGAAGGAUGCCAAGUUGCACUAUGUCGGGGUUGAGAAGCCCGUCGCAGAGGCCCUAGGCAGCGAGAUCAAGCGCAUCAUUUGCUCACCUGUUCCGAGAGCAACGGAGUUGAACAUCGACUUCGACAUCUUCUUCGACUUCGAUCGUGCGCAGCCGGCCACGCACGUCGUCCACGGCAAGGCUUGCGCGCCCUGGAGCGACGUGACCAGCACCUGGCUCCGUUUGGAGCUCAAGGCGGCUUUCCUUGCAGAAGCUCCUUUUGAAUACCAUGGCCUGAAAGAGUCCCAAGUCGCGGCUUGUAACGUCUUCUCUUUCGUGUCGCGUGAACCCGGACCUCAACUUUGCCAGGGCAUGGACGAGUUUGACAAGCAGGAAAGCAGAAGUGGUGGAGGCUCCCAACCGCCUGCAGACUUUUGUUGCGAUCUUGCUGGGAGUCUCACCAGCUUUGCUUCACUUGCAAGAGAAGCCGUCAGUGCUGCCUGCGUGUUCAUGUUGAAGCUUCCAGCGCAGCAAGAAGGCCCCCGUGACUCCAGGCUUUUCGUGCCCAAGAGAAGCAGUCGCGCCCCUCCCAUCAUCCGCCUCGCAAUGGGAUCCGUCUUCCAGUUUGUCUUGGUGAACUUCCUUGUCUCCCAGGCAUUUGGACACUGCUUGUUUGACAACAAGCCGCUCUUGCAAAGCUGUGGUGCGGGCUGCAUCGGUGUGCCAGGUGCCGGCAAGGAGACCUGCGUUUCGAAUUGCCUCGUCGGGAAGGGCGUGCGCUGGUCAUGCGCCACUUGCCUUGGCAGGGGCUUCAACUGCGGUUUCAACUCCUGCUUGAGCUCUUGCACAACCGGCUUCACGAAGCCUGUAUGCACGACUUGCAUCAGUUCCAACUGCGGUCUUUGCAGCAGCGCCCGCUCCAUUGAAGACACCGCAGACAAUGCCUCCACUCUCGAAGCGCUUGCGGAGCUCUUCGCCGGUGCAAGCAGCGCAGCGGCGAACUCGACUCAAGAGUUGGAGGCGGAGCCCUCUACUCGCAGCGGGUGCUUCGAAGUCCAGUCCUUGAUGAAGACAUGCGGCACCCAGUGCUACGCUGCCAGCAACCAAGCAAGCUGUGCUGCUACCUGCCUCGCUGGCAAGGGAGUCUCGGCAGGAUGUGCGAACUGCUUCGGCAGGAAGAUCAGCUGCACAAUCAAAAACUGCAUCUCGGGUUGCGCCGCGGAUGCCAACGGUGCGGCUUGCACCUCCUGCGUCGCCAGCAAGUGCGGCUCAUGCAAUGCUGUCGCUCAGCCCACUUGGCAAGUUCUCCUGGCCAAGUCCCUGGACGCAGACAAGGACAGCUUCGUUGCUGCUUUGGUUGCGUUGGCGGCUCAGGAAGGUCAGAACGCUCUCUUCCCUUGA